AUGGAUAUGUUUUGGCAACGGAACAAUAAGGUACUCCAGACGAAUAAUUUAUCCGCGCGAAAAAAUACUAUAUUAUAUAGUAUAGAGACUAUAAAAAAAAUUUUAAAAAAAAUUUCAUAUUUCGAUUUCGUACCUUUUACCGCUUGUGAAGAGUUCAGAAAAAUCCCCGUUCAAUUCGUGCCGUAA